GAACAGGGGAAGAAAGCCUCCGUUUCUUUCUCGCACACUUUGCUUCCUUGUGCGCGGCGUUUGCGUGAGGUUGAGGCCGGGGCUGGCUGGAUGGCUCAUGCGGCCGCCGUCGCCGUGCUCGCCGUCGCCGUCCUCCUGGCCUGCUUGCCGCCCGCCGCCGCCUCGUCUUCCCGGGCAGCACCGGCAUUGCGACGGCUGGAGAUGGCGGCCAUGGACACCGCGCAGAGCCUGCGGGAGAAGGCGGACGUGACCAAGGGCGCGGAGGAGGACUUGAGCACGACGGGGUUCGGCGCGGAGUCCGAGAGGGAGGUGCCCACCGGCCCGGACCCGAUCCACCACCACGGCCGGGGGCCCAGGCGCCAGUCGCCGUGAUCGCGCGCGCCCGGCAGCAGCGGAGGAUCUUCGCUUCAUGGUGUUGAUCUUGAUCAGUUGGACGUGAACCGGAUUCCACGAUGACGGUUGUGUCCUUUUUUCGUUAUGGAAUCUGUGAUCGAUGAUGCACUUUGUGUUUUGAUUCUAUUGUUGUUGUAGGGGAGACAGUAUCAGAGCUAUCAUCAAAACUUUGUUUUUGCAUACCAAGUUAGGGAAAGGGAAUACAGUUCAUAAUAAUUGUACAACGGAUGGCAUUUUAGUUGUUCUUCCUCUCAUAAUCUUACUAAUCUGCUUUGUUGCUAAUUAUUUCUUUGCCUUUUUCUUGGGGGUGAAAUUUGGUGGUUUUGAUUUAUGAAUGGGCAGCUUGUUGCUGUUUUAAGCAUCUUUGAUGUUGAUGCCUGAUUAAUUGUUC